AUGGGUUUCCUCGGCGUCUACACCGCAGUCUACGACUACCAGCCGCAGGCGGAGGGCGAGCUGGAGAUCCGCGAAGGCGACCUCCUCUAUAUCCUGGAGAAGAGCAACGAGGACGACUGGUGGAAGGCCAAGAAAAAGGCUGACCCAGAAGACGAGGAGCCUGUGGGCCUGGUGCCAAAUAACUACAUCGAAGAGACGGAUGAAGAGGUUUCCUUCUCGGAAGAUGCAGAACUGGUGGUGUACGAUACUUCGGACCCCGACUGGACGCUAGUGGGUGUGAACUCAGAUUUCGGUUUUGCUCCGGCAAACUACAUCGAGCUUCUGGGAGAAAAUGCGACAACUCAGCAUGAGCACAAACAAGAACCUGCUCCGGAGCCUGAACCUGAGCCUGCACCGGCGCCGGCACCGGCACCGGCUGCCCAGGCCGCUCCGGAGCAGCCAGCGGCUCCCGCUCUUCCACAGCGCCCUCAGCAGACCGAAGCAGAGGAAACGGAGACAGCGGAACAGAGUUCUGCCACGGCAGCCCAGAGCCCAGCGGCCGCCAUUGCUGGUAUCCUUCACAAGCAGCAUGGCUCCGUCUCCUCUCACGGUUCCUCCCGUCCGGUUCCCCCGCCUCCGCAGCCAGCCCAGCCAGCGCAGCCAGCACGGCCAGCCAGUCAAUCGACGCAUGACCGCGAGGAUGAAGACGAGAGACCUGCGCCUGCCUUGCCUCGGCGACCCCCAUCGCAGCAAAUCUCCUCUCCAAGACGCCAACCCUCCCCUCCGGAACCGUCCCCGCCCCCUCGUCCUCAAUUUGCUGCGGUUAGGGAACACGAGCGGGGCAUCCAGGAAUCUCCUCCCUACAGCCGCGUGGGCUAUCGAGGGACUCAAUCCCAGUCUGGGUAUCACAUCUAUAACAUAAGUGAGAUGGUAUCGGUCAUGGGGAAGCGGAAGAAGAUGCCGACAACCCUGGGUAUCAAUGUCGCGACGGGGACGAUUUUCAUCUCGCCCGAGGACGGCGGCUACCAGGAAUGGACGGCCGACAAGCUCACUCACUAUUCCAUCGAAGGCAAGCACGUCUUCCUGGAUCUUGUUCGACCGAGCCGGAGUAUCGAUUUUCACGCUGGCGCCAAGGAUACCGCACAGGAGAUCGUGUCUGCGCUGGGUGAAAUUGCAGGAGCAUACAAGGCAGAAGGGCUGCGGGAGGUGAUUGCGGCGGGCCGAGGUGGCCAUGUUCAGAAGCGAGGACAGGUGCUCUACGACUUCAUGGCGCAAGGCGAUGAUGAGGUGACGGUGGCGGUGGGAGACGAGGUCAUUAUCCUGGAUGACAGCAAAUCCGACGAAUGGUGGAUGGUAAGGCGGGUAAAGAACGGCCGGGAAGGAGUUGUGCCCAGCAGCUACAUCGAGAUCACCGGCAUUGUCGAACCGCCUCCUAGCACUACUGGGAUUAAUGCGGGCCGGUCCACGGUCGAGCAGAACAGACUGGAAGAAGAGCGGCUGGCCAAGGAAGCUGCACGAAAGUCCCGGACUGAUUCCGUCGAGUCGCCGCGUUCGGAGCGUCAGAAGCAAGAGAGCAAAUCCGACAAGGGGUCGGCGAACAACAGAACAAAGCCCGACCCGGCGAAGACUAGACGGUGGGUCGACCGGACCGGAACAUUCACCGUUGAGGCUCAGUUCCUCGGUCUUCACGAUGGGAAGAUCCAUCUCCAUAAGAUGAACGGAAUCAAGAUCGCGGUUCCAAUCGAGAAGAUGUCUAUCGAAGACCUAGAGUAUGUUGAGAAAGUCACGGGCCAGUCCUUGGAUGAGGACAAGCCCUUAUCCGAUAUCCGGCGCCGCAGCCGAGGACCCGACGCAAACAAGCACGAUGCCAAAAGGCCCGACGCGAACAAAGUUGGUGCGCAGCAAAAGAAGCCCGAAUACGACUGGUUUGACUUCUUUCUCAAGGCGGGAGUCGACCCAUAUCAAUGUGAGCGAUAUGCUCAGAAUUUCACCAAGGACUCCAUGGACGAAUCCGUGUUGCCGGAUAUCACCCCCGACAAUCUGCGCACUCUGGGUCUGAAGGAAGGCGAUAUCUUGCGCGUCAUGCGCUACCUCGACAACAUGUUUGGCCGGACUGGUUCGAAAGGCCGAGGGAGAAAUGUCAGUUUUGCUGGUGAAGAGGUUAUCGGCAACGGCGAAGGCGGCCAAGGCGGCCUGUUCUCUGGGCCUGGCGGUGCCCUGCGGAACAACACUCGCAGACCUACUCCGGGUGUUCAGGCUCCAGACACGGUCGAUCCGAAGGCCUUCCAGCAGAAGGAUGAUUCCAAGACGGGUACAGAGAAACAGGCGUCCGAUGAGAAGCCCGUGCAGAAGGGAUUCGACGACGAUGCUUGGGAGGUCAAGCCGCCAAAGCAGUCUGCAACGUCUGCCGCCUCGACGCCGACGACAACAACGCCUGCUACGACGGAACCGCCGAAGCAAGAUACACUGACCGGAGCCAUGGCCGACCUCUCUCUCCUCCAAGAACCUCUGAAGCCAACUCCUGCGCAACCCAACCAGCCCGCUCAAACGACUCAGCCAGCCUCAGCACCGCAAACACAGACGACCACCGCAGCCGCACCUCCUCAACCGCAGCAGCCGCAGCUGACAGGCGCCAACCCGAGCUUUUUCGCUUCAGGAUUGGGUGCCUCAGCCCACCGGAUCCAGCAGCAGCAGCAGCAGCAGCAGAUGCCCUCGAGACAGCGGCCGCAGCCUCCGCAGAAUAUCAACCAGAGCUCCCUCCUCCCUCCUCCGCCUCAGCGGCCGCUCUCGGCUCCGCAGGAGUACCAGCAGAGCUCCUUUGCUCCACCGCCAUUGCAACCACAACUCACGGGCAUUCCUCAGAAUGCGCCGCAGGUUGCUCCACCGGGCCAAAGCCUGGCAGAGCUCAGCCAGCAGCGAUUCCAGCAGGCACAGUUCAAUCAGCAGCAGCAGCAGCAGCCGCCGCUACAGCCUCAACCAACGGGAUUCGCACCUCAGUUCCAACAAAACGGGUUGAUGCCGCAACCGACGGGCUUUGGGCAGCAGCCCGGCUCGCAGUUUGGUUUCCAGCAGCAGCAGCCGCCGCAAUCGCAACCACAGCCGCAGCAGCAGUUCCAGACUUUGGCACCACAGCCAACUGGGUUUGGGGGCUUCUCAGCACCACCACAGCAGCCGAUGCAGACCGGCAUCAACUCUGUGCUUCCGCCGCCGUUGCAACCGCAGCGAACGGGAGUCAAUGGCUUUGGAAAUACAAAUAUGAGCGCUCCUCCGGCACCGCCGCCGAUUCCACAGCAGCCGACAGCGGCGCCUCUACAGCCUCAGAAGACAGGGCCUCCUCCGAAUGUCCGGUUCGGUGUUAAGACGCAGGAGCAGAAGAAACUCACGCCUCAGCCUACGGGUCUUCGGGCCAACCUUGCGCAAGCUACUCCCACAAACCCAUUUGGAUUUUAA